UCACGCAACAGACGCAACAAGCGCAUUAAGAUCGAUGCAGCAAGGGAGAAUCUGCACAAGCUCAAUGCCGACUUGAGCGCUGAGAUCGAAUGUCGUAAGGCAGCUGAGGCUGUUCAUCCUGGCACAACACCACGCAUCAAGGGCACAUGGACGAAGUCGGAACGGAAUCGUUGCUACGUCGGACGACUUUGUCACACUCAUCUCGAANNGGACGACGAUGACUCUGGUCGUGAAUUCCAUGUAGCCGAAGUACAUCGCGACCUUCUUUGCUUCUUCGCCCCCUACUACCGCGCUCUCUUGAACGGAAAAUUCAAGGAGGCUGCGCACAACACUGUGCUUCUGGACAUGGACCCAGCUUGCUGCAAGAUGUUUGUGAACUGGCUGUAUACCGGAUUCAUCCCACAGGAUGAGGUUUGGAGUCUCUGUCAGCUUUACAUCUUCGCCGACCAGACCAUGAACUUGACCCUGCGAAGAACGAUCAUGACCCAGCUCUUCGACUGCAAAUUCGACCCAUCGAUCAGCGAUCCCAACACAUCGGCCCUACUGAGUUCGCUGCCGAGCAACUCUUCCCUCGCUCGUUACCUGUUCGACCAAUUUGUACACCACACUCGUCAUUCAGGCCGUCACCUCAGAACUCGUGAAUACGACGAUGCCCUCUAUAACGGUAUCCCUGUCGAGUUCGCCCGCAAACUGAAGACAAGACUUGCACCACAUCGGGAAGUUCCUCAAGACUGUCCAUGCUGCCACUCGCCAUGCAACUACCACGAGCACGAAAACACUGAGGAAUGGAAAUUAAGCUGUGGUGGUUCUUGGUAUUCCAAGCCUGAGGAAGGUUAUUGA